AUGGCGGCGGCGGACAGCGACUGCGACGUGAUUAUGGCUCCCGCGGCUGCCGGCGACGAGGGCGAGGACGCGGGGACGCGCAGAGAAGCAGAGUCCUUCAAGGAGCAAGGGAAUGCCUUUUACGCCAAGAAAGACUACAAUGAAGCAUAUAACUACUAUACAAAAGCCAUAGAUGCGUGUCCCAGCAAUGCCAGUUACUAUGGAAACCGAGCAGCCACUCUGAUGAUGCUGGGUAAAUUCCGGGAGGCGCUUGGGGACGCCCAGCAGUCUAUCAGGAUGGAUGAUAGCUUUUUGAGGGGACACCUUCGGGAGGGCAAGUGCCACCUGUCUCUGGGCAAUGCCAUGGCUGCCAGCCGCUGCUUCCAACGAGUUCUAGAACUGGAUCACAAAAAUGCACAAGCACAGCUAGAGCUUAACAACGCCAGAACUGUCCUGGAGUACGAGAAGAUCGCAGAAGCAGACUUCGAGAAGCGAGAUUUCCGGAAGGUGGUCUACUGCAUGGAUCGUGCACUAGAGUUCGCCCCUGCCUGUCACCGAUUCAAAAUCCUUAAAGCAGAAUGCUUAGCAUUGCUAGGUCGCUAUCCUGAAGCACAGUCAGUUGCAAGUGACAUCUUGCGAAUAGACUCCACAAACGCCGACGCCCUCUACGUCCGAGGGCUCUGCCUUUACUACGAGGACUGCAUCGAGAAGGCUGUGCAGUUCUUUGUCCAGGCCCUUCGGAUGGCUCCAGACCACGACAAGGCCUGCAUUGCCUGCCGUAAUGCCAAAGCGCUGAAAGCAAAAAAGGACGACGGCAACAAGGCUUUCAAGGAAGGGAAUUACAAGCUAGCUUUUGACCUUUAUACAGAGGCUCUGGCAAUAGAUCCAAACAACAGGAAAACCAAUGCCAAACUCUACUGCAACCGGGGGACACUUAAUUCCAAACUUAGGAAGCUAGAUGAAGCAAUAGAAGACUGCACAAACGCCAUCCGACUGGACGACACGUACAUCAAAGCCUACCUGAGGAGAGCCCAGUGCUACAUGGACACGGAACAAUUCGAAGAUGCCGUAAGGGACUAUGAAAAGGUUUACCAGACGGAGAAGACAAAAGAACACAAGCAGCUCCUCAAGAAUGCGCAAGUGGAACUAAAGAAAAGCAAAAGGAAAGAUUAUUACAAGAUUCUGGGGGUGGAUAAGAAUGCCUCUGAAGAUGAGAUCAAGAAGGCAUAUCGGAAGCGGGCCCUGAUGCACCACCCAGAUCGGCACAGCAGCGCGAGUGCUGAAAUCCAGAAAGAGGAAGAAAAGAAGUUCAAGGAGGUUGGCGAAGCCUUCACCAUCCUCUCUGACCCAAAGAAAAAAGCUCGUUAUGACAGUGGGCAGGAUCUUGAGGAAGAUGGCAUGAAUAUGGGAGAUUUCGAUGCGAACAAUAUCUUCAAAGCUUUCUUUGGUGGGCCAGGAGGCUUUAGUUUUGAAGCUUCCGGGCCGGGGAAUUUCUUUUUCCAGUUUGGCUAAACUACCGCAGAGGCCAGCCUCCAUUUGUGAAACCCACGUUACCUGACCUGCUUCUUUUAACCUCAAGUUACGUUCUCCCUUCAUCGCAUCUUGCCGUUCCUUAGGGCUGUGGUGUUUUCACCGUUGGAGACCUCAGGUUUUUUUUGUGUGCUUUAGAGUGUGAUGAGGAAAAACCAGCUCUUGGAGAAAGAGAAGGGAAGCGGGCAGUGAAAGAGGAACAUGCUUCCUUUUUUGUUGUUUGUUUUACUGUUUAAUUUUAUUAAAAAAAUAGCAAAAUAAAAUCUUUUGGUUCCUCC